AUGGCGUCCUUAGACCAGCACAUGAGCCCCCCCCCCCCCCCCCCCCCCCCCCCCCCCCCCCCCCCCCCCCCCCCCCCCCCCCCCCCCCCCCCCCCCCCCCCCCCCCCCCCCCCCCCCCCCCCCCCCCCCCCCCCCCCCCCCCCCCCCCCCCCCCCCCCCCCCCCCCCCCCCCCCCCCCCCCCCCCCCCCCCCCCCCCCCCCCCCCCCCCCCCCCCCCCCCCCCCCCCCCCCCCCCCCCCCCCCCCCCCCCCCCCCCCCCCCCCCCCCCCCCCCCCCCCCCCCCCCCCCCCCCCCCCCCCCCCCCCCCCCCCCCCCCCCCCCCCCCCCCCCCCCCCCCCCCCCCCCCCCCCCCCCCCCCCCCCCCCCCCCCCCCCCCCCCCCCCCCCCCCCCCCCCCCCCCCCCCCCCCCCCCCCCCCCCCCCCCCCCCCCCCCCCCCCCCCCCCCCCCCCCCCCCCCCCCCCCCCCCCCCCCCCCCCCCCCCCCCCCCCCCCCCCCCCCCCCCCCCCCCCCCCCCCCCCCCCCCCCCCCCCCCCCCCCCCCCCCCCCCCCCCCCCCCCCCCCCCCCCCCCCCCCCCCCCCCCCCCCCCCCCCCCCCCCCCCCCCCCCCCCCCCCCCCCCCCCCCCCCCCCCCCCCCCCCCCCCCCCCCCCCCCCCCCCCCCCCCCCCCCCCCCCCCCCCCCCCCCCCCCCCCCCCCCCCCCCCCCCCCCCCCCCCCCCCCCCCCCCCCCCCCCCCCCCCCCCCCCCCCCCCCCCCCCCCCCCCCCCCCCCCCCCCCCCCCCCCCCCCCCCCCCCCCCCCCCCCCCCCCCCCCCCCCCCCCCCCCCCCCCCCCCCCCCCCCCCCCCCCCCCCCCCCCCCCCCCCCCCCCCCCCCCCCCCCCCCCCCCCCCCCCCCCCCCCCCCCCCCCCCCCCCCCCCCCCCCCCCCCCCCCCCCCCCCCCCCCCCCCCCCCCCCCCCCCCCCCCCCCCCCCCCCCCCCCCCCCCCCCCCCCCCCCCCCCCCCCCCCCCCCCCCCCCCCCCCCCCCCCCCCCCCCCCCCCCCCCCCCCCCCCCCCCCCCCCCCCCCCCCCCCCCCCCCCCCCCCCCCCCCCCCCCCCCCCCCCCCCCCCCCCCCCCCCCCCCCCCCCCCCCCCCCCCCCCCCCCCCCCCCCCCCCCCCCCCCCCCCCCCCCCCCCCCCCCCCCCCCCCCCCCCCCCCCCCGCUCCCUAACCUCAUCCCGCCUCAAUACAGCUGUCACUAA